AUGGCACACAAGGACACGCUUUUCCUCUUGAUCCCAACAAACGGCGAAGCAGAAGCUGCACUCAAUCUUCCUGCAAAUUCCCGGUAUGUCUCGUCAUUCUCCUCCCUGAGCCCUCGGGGACUCGAAGUGGGUUUCCAUGUAACGUCCGUUCCAUCGCGUGUUCUCGCAACAGUCGGUCGCAAGGGUGACUUGACCCUCCAAGGGUCAAGUGUUUCCCGGACGCAUGUUGCUUUCGAGAUGCACCCGGAUACUUUGGUGGUGCGUCUCUCUGUGAAAGCUAAGGGCGCAAAAACCGUCACCGUUCACCGCCAGAUUGGUGCGCAACCUGGAGUUGUCGAAGGGGACUGUGUCCUCACCUACGGGGUAGAAUAUGGUCUGACAAUUGCGCAAUACACCUUUCGAGUAUCCUGGAAGCCCAUUUCUCCUGAAGCUCUUCGGGACUUGGCGAUCGCAGGCUACCGCGACUCCCGAGGCCGGCAAAACGAGGUGGAUCUACGGGACUGGCCCACCGAACCGCCGCUCCAAAAGCGCCCAUGGUACGAGGUCCGGUGCGAUGCCCCGGGCAUAACGGGGCCCAGGUUUCGGGAGGCUGCUGGAACGCUACGCGAAAAAGUUGGUAGAGGAGCUUCCGCAUCCGUCUAUCGGGCUGUCGACGAGGAAUCCGGCCAUGCGUUCGCGAUCAAAGCAGUCGCCCGGAAAACUCCAGCCGAGGCUCUACCCAUCAGCGAUCGCUUUAAGCAUGAAGUGAACAUUCUUUCGGAGCUAAAACACGAAAACAUCAUCAAGCUGUUGGGCCACGCCGAGCUACCUAACGGGACCAUCGAAAUACACCUACCGCUACGCCCCGGAAACCUCCGGUCCAUCAUCACCUCCCCGAACUGGCGACAGGAAGACGAUGAUAAGCUGUGCAAGUCUACAAUGUCUCAGAUGCUCUGUGCCCUUGACUAUCUCGCCGUCUAUGGGCUAUGCCACCGGGAUGUGAAACCGGAAAACAUCCUUUGCCUCCCUCUCCCGGCAGGCGGCCAUCGGUUUGAACUCGCCGAUUUUGAAUUGGCAGUCCACAUCAGCAAAGCCGAGGGCCACUGCGGCACCAAGACCUAUCAGGCUCCCGAAUCACACCCCAGCGGCAAGUUCCCCCAAAGCCCCAAAAUGGAUGUAUGGUCGCUGUUCGCCACCAUCGCCGACAUCCAUCACCGGUUUGAUGAGUUCCCACCCCCCUCAAAUGCCUCGUACAGCAAUGUUCGUCGUUCCAUCGUCGCCAUCGCCCAAGUUUGGCCUACCUUCGCGGAUAUGGUCCAGGAGAACCCCGACCUUCGUGUCUCAGCCGCCGAGUUGCUUCUUACCAACUUUGACGGGGAGGGCCUCACCACA